UUGUUCUCAGCGGUGCAAAGCAAAGGAGUCUCACUCCGCCGCUCUCUCAGGGGCCGCACGUGGUGCAUCAACCCCAGCUAUACUGCCUUCGUGGUUAAUAUUAGGAGGUUGAGUGUUUACAGGUGGUGGCUUUUAAAGACGAUAAGGAUGGAGUCAGAUGCACCUGACUCAGAUCCUUUAACCUUGGAAGAAGAGUUUGAAGCUUGCAUCCAUUCUCAGGAUGAGAGCAAUGAAGGAGGUGAAGCUGCUAGCACCAGGAAGAUAGGCAGACAGGUUCACAACUCUUUGAAACACUUUACAGUUGAGGAAUUCUCAAAGAAGUAUCCUGGCUGCUUUUCAAUGGAAUACCCAAUGGAUGUCUUUGAAGGAGUUGAGCAUUCUGCAUAUAUCAACAAACACUCUCCGACAAACGUGUCCACAAUGAAUACAUUACAGCCAUCUCCCAUCUCCAGUUUCACUUCAGAGCAUAAUCAGGAUUUUACACCAAAAAAUGGUCAUCAUUUGCAGCACAUUGACCUCCCUAAUGAUUCUCAAAAGUCUCAGAAAAAGGGAAAGAAUUACUCACAAUUGUACAGUCCUCAAAACCCACUUGAGGGAUGCGAAGAGUAUCCUGCAUCUGGAAUUGAAGCAUCAUUGAACAAAAGUGCCUCAUGUACAUUUACUGAAACAAGCGGUGCUUAUGGUCUUCAGUACAGUUAUUCAUGUAGUAAGAGUAAUGAAUGGACAGUGACUGAACAGAAGGAAAAUAUUUUGACUGUCAGUGAAAGAAAUUCAUCUUUGAAUUUUAAGGUGAGCACUGUCAACUUGCCUGGCUCAGAAGCAGGUUGUUUUGCUGAAAGUAAGCCGGCAGAGACACGUGACACAUACUAUCAAUUGUGUCACAAACUGCGCAACAAGGUUUUCAAGAAAAAGGUGUCUCCUAAAAAGCUUCUUGAAAACCAUCUACUGCAAAACAGAAAGGACAAAUUUUUAAAAAGUGCUGCACAGAACAUUCACCAUAUUUCCCACACUUCUCCAUCAUAUGAUGGAAAAACGGAUCUUUCAGGACAAGAGUCCCCAAAAGAUAUUAGUAUGUCAUACAAAGAUACUCUGUCCCAGGAUUGUGAGCAGGGGCAGCAAAGGUCUGCCCCACCAAUGUUGGGUUUCCUUAAGUCCAAUCUAUCUGCCACAUUGUAUCCUUCUCCAGCAGCAUCAAGUGCAGAUAUGGUGGAAGGAAUUCUGCCGUACAAAUCAACUGACUGUAACUGGCAUGUUUCCUGGAAUACAGAGUCUCUAUGUAGAAGCAAGUCUGAUUCUUCAUGGCAGAUAUCAGACAUUUCAGAGCAUGAAGUCUGGAGAGGAAAAAGCCUAACACAACCUUUGUCUUUUGGAACACUUGAGGAACAAACUGAAACAAGGAGUUGGAGGAAAACCCCAAGGAGAUCGCUUGACUGGCCACCUACCAGGAAUACCUCUUGUGAGGCCUCCAGGCAGCCUUCCAAAUACUUGGAUGUCACCACCCUUAACUGGAGGACAACUCCUAGAAAGUCAUCUAAUUGGUCAAUCAACAAACUCUUUGAAGACAAAGUGAAGGCAGAUUUUGAUGACAAAGAACUUUUAGUGAAGUCCUUUGCCCCGGGCUUCAUUGACACCCACUGCCAUAUAGACUUCCUCUUUGAGCGCAUCAAACACAGUGGAUCAUAUUCAAAGUUCAGGAAGGACAACAAGGACCCGUUUCCACUCUCCUACGAGGGAUGUGUGACCAUCUUCUGCAAACCAUGGACAUUUUCAAAGAUCAGCUGGUGGGAGACAAUCAUUAAGGAGGCAGGUGUUUGGGCAGCCUUUGGUUGCCAUCCUCACUUUGCUGAUCAGUUUGGAGAGGAGGAAGAGGCUUACCUCCAACUAGCUCUGAUGAACUCCAAGACUCUGGCCCUAGGAGAGAUUGGCUUGGACUAUCAUAAGAAAAAUACAGAUAAAUUCACAACUCAGAAAGAGGUGUUCCGCAGACAGCUAAAAGUUGCCUUAAGUGUGAAUAAGCCAGUUGUUAUUCACUGCCGGGAUGCCCAGAGGGACUGCAUAAACAUCAUUAAAGAGAUUCUCCCACUGAACUACCGAAUUCACUUACAUUGUUUUACUGGGACCUGGAGACAAGCUGAGGAGUGGCUGGAGACAUUCAGUGGGCUGUUUCUGGGCAUCACAAACCUGAUAAACAAUUGCAAUGAUUUGCGUUGCCAUGAGCUACAGAUGGCAGUGAAGAAAAUACCACUUCAGAGACUACUUCUGGAAACUGAUGCUCCUUACUUUCGUCCUGCUUUUUGUAGGAGCGAAGUCCACAUUCCUCACUGUUGCAGCUCCAAGGAGGACUAGGACAGCACUCUCACCCAGGUAUGGCCCUUUAUGUGGCUGCUAAAGUAGCCCAUCUGAAAGGAAAGGAAGUGGAGGUGGUGCUGGCCAAGACUCGCAACAACACCAAACUCAUGUAUGGGAUUUAGCUCCUCAAGCAAGUGCAAGGUUAGGUGUGCAUGUUGUAGUAAAGGAAAUAUAGUGGGAUGUUGAGGUUAUUAUACACAUAAAAGGGUUGUGUUGCAGUUGUAUUCUAAGUGCAUAGUUAUAUUUUUAGUGGUUGCCAAUUGUGAUUACCAUGCUGUAAAUACUACUAUUGCAGUUGCAAUUAUGCAUCACUAAGAAUAUGACUGAUAGUCCCAUCACACAUAUGUCUGAUUUUAUGUCAUAAUGUUUCCAUCUGUAUGCCCUUCCUUGUUUUUGUUGAUUAUCUUUUCCAAGUUAAUUUUUUUUUUUUUUUUUGAUAAAUCUAUAUACCAGGCCAGCAAUCCUACAUAGGAAAGACAAAGUACUGCACACUCCAUAUGCACAUCAUUUGCAUUCUUAGCCCUGUUGGCCCCUGGUGGAAAGGGAUAGUCUUGUGGAUUACUCUACUACACCUCAGAAGCAUUGGCAUUAAUACCAGUGGCAAUAUUAGUGAAUGUGGGUGGAUAUCAAGUGGCAUUAGUGAGAGGUGUUUGGACAGAAUAUUAUGGAUACAUUUAUACCAUUGCAGUAUGUGGUCCCCAUAUAUGAGAGAUUUGUCACUGGUGAUGGUGAUUAUGGUUAUUGUUUAACAAGGCUUCAUACCAAUUUCAUAUAUUUGUUUAAUUUCUUUUAUUCAGAUGGAACUUCAUUAAGGAAACAAGAUUCUAUUAACUAUUAUGGCAAUAUUAUGGUCUUUCCAUAUAUAAGGAAGAGAUUGCCAGUCAUACUUUUUUUUUAUUUGUUGUGAUCUUAUAGUGCAAAAUAUGAAUUUGAAUUGCUCCCUCCAAUCAUUCUUACUUCAGACUUGGAAAAGUUAAAGAAAUUGUAUUCAUUAUUGCAAACUAACAGUUGCUGCAUUUGUAGCAACAACACAACUCAUGAUGGAGGCUAUGUGAAGUGAGCCCGAUGUGCAGUGUUUAGCCCUAAAAAAAAUAAUUUUGUUUCUUGGCCUUUUUAUUUUAUGAUGAGAUAGAAAAUAAAAUUGUAGAAUGUUC